CAUGCGCUUCAUAUUGAACUGUCAAAGUCCAAUAACAUUUCAUUUGCCGAAGUCAAAAGAAACGUUUUUAGUGCGAUUUCCAUAAAAUAAAACAAAUACAUUUGAUUUGUUGACGAAAUAGACAUUUGAAGUAUCAAAUUACCAUGGAUGAUGAAGCUGAAACUUACAAAUUAUGGAGAAUUCGUAAAACUGUUAUGCAGUUAAGCCAUGAUCGUGGCUAUCUCGUAACCCAAGACGAAUUGGAUCAAACGCUGGACCAAUUCAAGGAAUCAUUUGGUGAUAAGCCAAGUGAAAAGCGUCCAGCUCGUUCGGAUUUGAUUGUUUUGGUGGCUCACAACGAUGAUCCAACGGAUCAAAUGUUCGUUUUCUUCCCCGAAGAACCGAAAAUUGGCAUCAAAACCAUUAAAACAUACUGUACCCGGAUGCAAGAAGAAAAUAUUCAUCGUGCCAUUGUGGUCGUUCAACAGGGCAUGACACCAUCAGCGAAACAAUCACUGGUUGACAUGGCACCGAAAUACAUUUUGGAACAAUUUCUGGAAUCGGAAUUACUAAUCAACAUUACCGAACAUGAAUUGGUACCGGAACAUGUUGUUAUGACACCCGAAGAAAAACAAGAGCUAUUGGCUCGUUACAAAUUGAAAGAGAACAUGUUGAUGCGUAUUCAAGCUGGUGAUCCGGUUGCACGAUAUUUUGGUUUGAAACGUGGCCAAGUGGUGAAAAUUAUUCGUCCAUCGGAAACCGCCGGUCGUUAUAUUUCCUAUCGUUUAGUGUGCUAAUUUUAUAUAUUUAAGACAUUUUUAUAGACUCGAUUCAAUUUAAGGCAUUCAAUACAUUACCAAUUUGUCUUUGAUGAAAUAAAUUAAAACAAGAAAUAUUGAAGAAA